GAAAUUUUUCAUGUUGGCUUUCAGGUCAACCAAUUGAAUCUCUCGUCUUUUAUGUUUACUUGCAAAUCACCACCUGCAUUUGAGAUAUUGUUGGCCAAGUAAUUGCCCGGCCAAAAAGAACAGAAGGAAGAAACUCCAGCCUGUUUGAAGUUGAACCCAUGUACUUGAAUCCAGUUUUUGGGGUUACUUUAUACUUGUACUCCUACAUCUUGCUCAGUUUUUGUGAUCAUCAUGUUAUAGCUUUCGUUAAUGGCGGUUACAAAACCCCAGCAACUGCACCUAUGACAUAGUGAUGUAGCUAUAAACUGUGGCUCUGUUGGCAACUCAGCUGCACUUGACGGCCGUGAAUGGAUUGGAGAAGCAUCCUCGAAGUUCAUGCCUUCACUGCAACCAAGGGGCAAAUCAAGAAGCUCAACUGCACUUCAAGAAUCGUCAUUGUCUGUUGAUCCAGUUCCCUACACGACAGCAAGAAUCUCUGCCACUCCAUUCUACUAUACAUUUCAGGUCAGUCCAGGUCAGAAAUUUAUUCGCCUCCAUUUUUACCCUGCUUCCUAUCGAGGCUUUGAAAAGUCUAUGGACUUUUUCACUGUUAAAGCUGGUCCAUUCACCCUCCUAAGGGACUUUAGUGCUUCGUAUGCCGCUGAUACUUCAAGUGUCAAGUACCUUGUAAAGGAAUUCUGCGUGAAUGUAGAAGAAAAUAGGGAAUUGAACAUCGUUUUUAACCUGCUGGAGUUCAUCAAGUUGAGUCAUUUGGCAAAGAGGAUUAAAUACACAAACAUGCCAGCGUUCAUUGCACCACCAAAACUUUACCAAACCUCCUGGAAAAUAGAAAGAGAUGCAAGAGCAAACAAGAUGCACAAGCUUACAUGGAGAAUACCGGCAGAUUUAGGCUUUGGAUACUUGGUCAGGCUUCAUUUUUCCCAGUUUGGAGCAGAGAUGUCAACAAACGAGCAAAGGGAAUUCAGAGUCGUCAUAAACAAUCAUAUAGCUGAGGCUAAGGCUAAUGUGAUCGAAUGGAGUGGUGGCGCUGCGAUCCCAGCAUACAGGGAUUAUCUAGUCAAGGUGAAAGGAGAGACAGAAGGAAGGAAUUGUGAUCUCUUGAUUUCCCUAGAGUCAUUUGAUGUGUUUGUUUUUGGACUUCUCAAUGGAGUAGAGAUCUUCAAGUUGAGCAACCUUGAAAACAGCCUUGCAACUCCAAUCCCUACAUUUCCAGAAAGAGUCUUGCCCUCUUGGAACCUGAAAAAGCAAUAUGUUUUCUUAGCUCUUGGCCAAGGCAACUUCCCAGUGACUAGUAGUAUGACAAUCCUCAUUAUUCUAGUCAAUGUAGCCGUCUUUAACUUGAGGCAGAUGUGGAAAGAGGAAUUUCACCAGGGAAAGGACACACAAACGACGACAACUGAAGCAUCCUACCGUUGCUUUUCACUCUCCGAGAUCGAAUCAGCAACCCAAAACUUUAACGAGGCAUUUGUUAUUGGACAGGGUGGAUUUGGUAAAGUGUACAGAGGAGUCAUCCAUGAGACUUCUGAGGUGGUUGCCAUAAAGCGGUUGAAAUCAAAAUCCAAACAAGGAGCUCAUGAGUUCUGGACUGAAGUUGGAACACUUUCCAAACUCCGGCACAUACAUCUUGUCUCUUUGAUUGGUUACUGUAACGAAUCCCAAAAGAUGAUCCUAGUGUACGAGUACGUGCCGUGCGGAACUCUUGCUGAUAACCUGUAUAAAAAUCGUAGAAACAAGACAGCUUUUGUUCCUCUAUGUUGGGAACAAAGGCUCAGAAUCUGCAUUGGUGCUGCUCGUGGACUUGACUAUCUUCACACUGGAACAGAAUAUGGGGUCAUACACCGAGAUGUAAAGGAUACAAACAUCCUCUUGGAUGAGAACUUUGUAGCUAAGAUUUCUGAUUUCGGGCUGUCCAAACUCGAAAAGACGAGCCAAUCAAAGAGCUAUGUGAGCACCCGAGUAAAAGGCACAUUGGGUUAUUUGGAUCCAUACUAUUUUAGGACCCAUCAACUGACAAGGAAAAGCGAUGUAUUUGCCUUUGGCAUCGUUUUGCUGGUAGUUUUAUGUGGGAGACCAGCAAUGGAUACAGAAAAUCUGGAGCAACGGAGUCUUCUAUCUUGCUUCCAAGAAUGCAUCAGCAAAGGAGAAAUUGAUGAGAUUAUUGAUCGUUUUCUUCAGGGUAAAGUUUCACCAAAAAGUUUAAAGAUCUUUGUGAAAUCUAUUCAAAAUUGCUUGCACAACGACCCCAAAGAAAGACCUACAAUGGCUCAAGUGGUGGUAAGCUUGGAAGAUGCACUGAAAAGGCAAGAGAGUACUAAUGUUUCUGUGGCAGAAAUGGCAACCAUUCCAGGGGAUGCACAUUGGGACAUAGGGAAGCCAAUAAAGAAAAAAGAACCUUGCUAUCAUUUUCCAAUUGAUGACAUCCGAGCAGCAACAGACAACUUCAGUGAUCGUAAUGUCAUCAUGCAAGAUGCAUUCAGGAAGGUGCAUCGAGGUUUUCUGCAAAAUAUGCAAAGAGAAGUUUGCAUUUACUGGUUUAAGCAAAAGGUAGAAGAAGAGGAAGUUCUAAAAUUCGGCGAAGAGAUGGAGAUGCUAUCCCAACUGAGACACCCCAAUUUGCUUUCCUUGCUUGGGUAUUGUUACCAUGAAACUGAGAUGUACCUUGUGUUUGAUUACGUUGGCAAUAGAACUCUCUCCAGCAAUCUAUACAGGAGUAGAGAAAAAGGUCCACUGAACUGGAAGUGUAAACUACAAAUUUGCAUUGGUGUAGCAAAAGCUCUAGAUUACCUUCACAAUGGUACCCAGAAGACAGUAAUUCAUAUGGACCUCAGGCCAGCAACCAUUCUGCUGGACAUCAAUUGCGUCCCAAAAGUUUCUAAUUUUGGGCUGUCUAAAAUAGGUCACAUCGAUCCCUGGGCAAAGCAGUCAGCAGCUGGGGUGGUCUCAGAGACACUGGAUCAUAUGUGUCCUGAAGAUAUAAGCCUUGGUGUACAAUGUUUAACGGAAAAAUCCGAUGUGUACUCAUUUGGUUUGGUGUUGUUGGAAGUACUAUGCUGCCGAAGGUCAUUGAGCAAAAACAGUCUUCGAGACUCAGUUAGAAGAAGCAUUAGAACCAAAACACUUCAUCAGAUAGUAAACUAUCUGGAAGGUGAAGUUGCAACAGCAUGUCUGGCUGAAUAUUUGAAAAUUGCAUUUAGCUGUUUGCAAGUUCAGGCAGCAAGACGGCCAUCAAUGGACACUGUCGUUGAGAAACUAGAGUUUGCACUGCAGUUACAGGAGAAUGCAGAAGCAACAAAGCCAGAGGUGAAGGGGAAAGGUCAUGAUGGUUUCAAGUUGGAGGACAUUUACAAGCAAAUACCAAAUCUUACUUCUACAAAGCCGAAAUGGAAACGGCCACUUCUGUUUUCGGUUUGCCGAGAGUGAGCUGAACAACUUUGUGCUUGUGUUACUUGAUAAGUCUUCGAUUCUAAAUUCUAAUGUUGCAUGUAUGAAGAUUGAAAUCAACAGUCUACUUUUACGUAUCAAGAAGUUGAGUUGUCUUACUGAAUAAAAACCAAUGUUGAGUUGUCUUGUUGGAUAAAAACCAAUGUCAUGUAACAAGAUGGUUGCAAGUUUUAGUUGACAUUCCUCUACCAAAAUACAUUUUU